AGCAAAAGUGCAACAACAACAACCACGACACAAUGCCCGUUCUCGUCUAAACACCGUAAUCUCUCUCUGUACUCCGCUUCUUAGUACAGCUGUCCAUCUGUCCCCUCUACCCACUUCAAUACCGUUAUUUCUGUGCUUCAUAAAAUGUCAACAAUAACAACAACUGUGGCCACGCCACCCUCAACAACGGGUGGGCCAGGAGGGCGCACUGCCGAUUGUCGUAAAUUCUUACCGAAUAUCUUCAAUAAAAGCAAAUGCAGCCACUGCUUCCGUCAAAGAGAGGAGCAUUCGACCGCCGCCUUGGAAUUCAAUAGGGCUUCGCGAAAGGUCUCCAAAUGCGGAUAUCUGUUUGUGGCACCAGAUUGGGACUUUAGCAAUCCAUUGUACAGAACAAAGCGCUGGCAGCGACGAUGGUUUGUCCUUUAUGAUGAUGGUGAGCUUACAUAUUCGGUGGAUGAUUAUCCCGAAACCAUACCGCAGGCCUGCAUUGAAAUGACCAAAGUGCUGGAGGUGACCGGUGCCGUGGAGGUUACAGGACACCCCAAUUCCAUAGCCAUAACCGCACCAGAGCGUGUCACCUUUGUAAAGGGCACCAGCUCCGAGGAGUCGCAGUGGUGGCUUAACAUUCUGGCUGCCUUUCCUAAAUCAAAGGGCCGCCACAAGCGCAGUGCCACGCUGCCGGGCGGCCAGGUGGUUGGCAGCCUCCGGCAGUCGAGCAACAUAGAUAUGUCCACAAAGUUGGGCAAUCGUCACAGCUCGUACCACAAGGACACGCUUACGGCCUCCCAAUCGGCGGGCAAUUUGUUGAGCAGCCUCGAUCUGAGUCCUAGUUCCACGAAUACUGGAGGCUUAUCCACGGUGACCAAUACGCAAGGCACUGUGGACGAUGAUGAGGAGGAUGAUGGCGUGGAAACGGGCGAGGAUGUCGACGAAGAUGAUGAGGAGGAUGUGCAGCCAAGGCAAUCGAAUGCAUCGACCAGCUGCCUCAUCGGACAGGAUGAGAACAAUCGAAAUGCGGGCAACGAGAUCACAAAUCGGGUUUCACAACCCACAACAUGCCUGCUCAUUGAGGACAUGCGCAGGGAUGAGAAGACCAGCGAGGACAUUUCCAACAGCAUAACGAACCUAAGUCAACAGCAGAACAAGCGCUGGUCCACGGCCGUCAAUAAUGCGCUGAACAAUCAGCAUCAUUACCCGCAUCACUCCCAUGGACAGUACCAGACAUCGCGGGACGAGACGGAUUUCCAGGUCUCCACCGGCAACAGCAACAACAAGUCCCAGAGCAAUUGUGGGAGCGAGAGACCAAAGUCAUUGCCACUGGCGGCCAACUCCACGCCGGCCAUCGUCUCGGCCAUAGUCAAAAAGAUACCCACGGUGAUGAGCCACCUGAAGACACAGCCAACGGCACGGCUCCAGCUGCAACUGCACCUGCAAGUGAAGCCAGUGAAGCAUUACCAGCACGAGAGAGGGGAUCCGGAUGGAGGCUGCAACAUGGACGAGCUGUGCGCCAACUACAUGGCCAAGACGGACGAGCGGCGAGCAGUCAAGGGCGGGAUCAAGUCAUCCUCCUCCUCCUCCUCCUCUGUGGCACACAAGCCCGCAGCCAAGGGCGCCACGGAGGAGUCGCUGAAUGCCAAGAAGGGCUGGCUGAUGAAGCACGACAGCCGCACGGGCGAGUGGUCCAAGCACUGGUUCACGCUCAGCGGUGCGGCUUUGUUCUACUACCGCGAUCCACUCUGCGAGGAGCGGGGUGUCCUCGACGGAGUCCUCGAUGUGAACAGCCUGACGAAUGUGCUGCCAGAGCCGAGCGCCAGCAAGCAGCACGCGUUCCGGUUGAUCACCUGGGACAAGCAGCGCCUGCUGCUGGCGAGCCUCUCGCCCAGCUCCCGCAACAGCUGGCUGGCGGUGCUGCGCAGUGCCGCCAGCCUGCCCCAGCAGCUGGAGACGACGCCUGCGGCGGCCGCCAAGCAGACGGACAUCGAGCAGGACUUCAUCAAGGCGCAGCUGCAGCCUGUGGCUGUAGCGAGUCCGGCCACCACGCCGGGCACACCCGCCGGAGCAGGCGGACCCCCCCACUUCUCGUCCGACGAGGAGUACCGAACCGCAUCGGAGGGCGGACGUAGGGACAGCCUCGACUGGGGUUCCCCGCUGUCGCCAUCCCCGCCCGUCCUCCGCAGCUGCCUGCGCAACCGCAGCCUCGCGAGCCUCCACAAGCGCAGCCGCAGCUCCCCGCCCAGCUCGAGGCGCAGCACCGUCGACAGUGUGGCCAGCGAUGAACUGCCACUGCUGGUUGUGCCCGAGGAGCUGCUGCAGCCGGAGCGAGAGCUCAAGCAGCAGUGCGAGACGCUGCGGGCAGAGGCCGCGCUGCGAGAGGCACGAAUGUCGGAGCUGUUGAGUACGCUGCAGCGGACGGAGCAGCAGCUGACGGCGCGGCUGCAGGAGCAGCAGCAGCAGCAACAGCUGAAUGGAGAGCUGGCCAAGGCCAAACAGAGUGCCGCCGAGCUGAUGCACAGCCUCAGUCUGCAGCUGUCGGAGAGCCAGUGCAAGAUCAAGCAGCUGGAGGAUCGCCUGGCGCAGGGCAUCGAGGAGAACGAGAGCCUGUACAAGCGGCUGAGGGAGCUCCGGACGGAGGGCACUGGCAGCCAGGUGGCCAGUCUCAGCAAUCUGCAGCGCCACAAAAUAAAGCGCAUGGACUCGCUGAGCGACCUCACCACCAUCAGCGACAUCGAUCCGUAUUGCCUGCAGCGCGACUCCCUCGCGGAGGAGUACAAUGAGCUGCGGUCGCGCUUCGAGAAGGCCGUGAACGAGAUUCGGGCCAUGAAGCGGGAGCUGAAGCAGUCCCAGAACCAGUACGACGCCCUCGAGCUGGCCCAAGCGGCGCUGCAGCAGAAGCUGGAGCGCUGCCAGCUGGAGGAUGGAGCGCAGCUGCAGCUGAUGGCCGCCCGCAUCCAGGAUCUGACACUCAAAUACAGCAGCUCGGAGCGACAGGUGCGAGCGCUGAAGCAGAAGCUGGUCAAGUCCGAGCGACGACGAUCUCUGUCGCUCAAGGGCAAGGAGCAACUGGAGCUGAAACUCAGCGAACUGCAGAGGGAGACCAUCGAGAGGAAGUCGGUGGAGAGCGUCAGUCCGCCCACAGAGUCCGCGAGCAGCGAGUCUGCGAGCCGGUCCCCGCUGAACGGCCAUCUGCUGCAGCGUCUGCACAGCCUGGAGCAUGUGCUGCUGAGCAGCAAGGAGCGCCUCGAGCAGAGUCUCUCGCAGCUGCAGCAAAUCCGCGCAGGACAGAGGAGUCGUCGCUCCGUUUCACCCAUGAAUGACAGGAAGGACGGCCUGCGGCAGCUGGAACGCGCCCUGGCCGAGACCUGUGUGAUGGUCAGCGAGCAGCUGGAGUUGACCUGCGUCCAGGAUGCCUGCCACAAGUGCUGCGACCUGCGCCAGCGGGUGGAGAAGCUCUCGGCACUGCAGCAACAGACUGAAACGGAUCUGCAGCGCAGCGAGCAGCUGCUGGAGCAACGCGAGAGCGAUCUCGCACAGGCCCUAGAGAAGUGCGCCAGCCAGGAGCAGGAGCAGGAGCUACUCCUGCGACAGCGCAGCGAACUGAGCGACGAGCUGGGCAGGCAGCAGGACCGCUGCAAGCGCCUCGAGAAGCGACUGGAGCUACUUGAACGGGAACAUGGCAAGCAGUUGGAGUGUCUGCGCGAGGUGUACCACAACGAGCAUGUCAACGCGGCCGAUGAGCAGAGCUUCCGCAAGCGCUACCAAAUGGAAAUCGAACAACUGAGGACGCUCUGCGAGAAGGGGCUGAGUGCCAUGGAGACCUCCCAUCGUAGAAUAACCUGCGAUCUGGAGCAGCAGCACAAGCUGGAAAUUGAGCGACUGUUGGCCGAAAAGGAGACCGCUCUGGCAGAGGAAACGCAGGCAACGCUCGCCGCUCUGGAUGCCAUGCGAAAAGCUCACCAGAGCGAGGUGCAACGUGAGGUGGCGCGCUUCAAGCAGGAGUUCCUGAGACAGGUACAGCGGGGAGAACACAUUCGGGGCGAUGGCACCACGCUGAAAGAAGAGGAGCUCGAAGAACUUCGACUGGAAAUUCUAUCGUUCUCCGAGAAAUACUCGAUAAAAUGUGUGGAAAACGCCGCUCUGGAGGAGCAGCUGCACCUGGCCAACAGCAGAUUGAGGCACUUUCAGCAAAUGCAACAACUGGAAUUGAGAAAUAGGCAAUUUCGUGCCCAUUUGGCAUCGGAGGAUCCAGCCAAUGAUGUGCACUUUGUGCAGGGCCUGACCCCGGAUCACUCCAGGGAGGGGGCCCACUGUGAGGAUAGCGAGCCUGUACCAUCCGUAGCCGUACCCGUACCCGUACCUGUACAGUGUGCACCAGAAAUAGUGGCCAGUGAAAGCAGAACCACAACCACAUUGGGAGCCAGCAGCGAUUCCGAGUCGAUACCGAAUCCCCUGAACCCAGUUCCAGCCCCAGCGACAGCGACAACGCGAGAAGCCAAUGAAUACGUGGAGCCAAGCCUUUUCGUGAUACCCUCCCAUAUGCUUAAUUGCUGCCCAAUGCCCGCCGCAAACCGAAACCAAAACCAAAACCAAGAUCAAAAACGAAAACAAAAACAAAACCCUUCUGAUCAGAUUCGUGCAAUCCAGAGCGAGUAUGCCGCGCUCGAGGACGGCUACGAGCCGUGCUACCGGCCGUUCGAUAUAUUUGCCAUUUAUCAGAAUCGUUUGAGCUUCCAAGGUCUAAGAGGCAGCUCCACGUUUGGCAAAAGUCUGCGAAAAUCCACUGCACAGACAUCACCAGCAUCAUCGAAACUAACAGCACCACCAAGAUGUGGCACCCAUACAGCACCGACAACCAAUCCAAAUAAGCCAAGUCACAAGAAAAUGUUUAAAACGGCUGCCGUCAUUAGCAUGCAAAUCCACGAAGAAAAAGCACAAUGAACAAAAUUAAAAUUCAACUGCAGAAGAAAA